AACAAUGCUUCGGUGUCAUGCGCCACUGCAACAACGGCCAAACCGCGCGCAUCGUCGGACGGAAUGGCCAAAACUUCGAGAACGCUGUCCAACAUUCUGCCGUCCAGCGCCAUCCGCCCAGCGUCCUCCGUGUCAACGCAGACCAGCGCCAACCAAGCCCAGAAUCAGGCUAAACAGAGAGGCAAACCUGGCGUAAGAUCGCCGGCGCCGACUUCGAAACAAGACGCGGCCAACCAGACUAAUAAGAUGCAGCAUCAAAUUCAGCAGCCAAAGCAGCAGUUGCUGGUAAUGACCACGACCCCGCAGAUGGCGCCUGUGUCAAACCUAUCCGACAAGCAGCCACUUAACAAAAAUAUGCAACAACAAAACCUUCUUCAGCAGCAAGCCAUGCAGCAACAACAACAACAACAACAGCAGCACCAGCAACAACAGUUACUUCACCAACAGCAACAAACUCAACAAAUGGUUCAACAUUAUCAACAAGGACUUACAUUGGGCAUGCAGUCGGGAACUCUGCCCGUUGGUUCCGUGUCGCAAACGCUCCCCAUGACUGGAAUGCCUCAGACCAUAUCAAUGGUGCAGCAAAUACAUCCGCUGGGUGGUAUGGCGCAAGCGGGGACUCUGGGUGGCCUCAUCACCACCAGCCAGCAACCUCAAAGUGCAUCUCUCACGCAAGUGCAUACGCUACAACAGCAGCCGCAGAACCUAGUUGGAAGCGGACUUGUCCAGACAUCAGUGAGCAUGGCGGUACAACAGCCAGCCUCCAUGAAUCAUUCUUCGUCGAUGCAAACAGUAACGGCGAGUAACUUGGGUUCGGGGCACCUGACUCUUCAGGCUCAGAGCACGGUGGGUCUGAUCGCGUCGCCGGUCCAAGGGGCAGUUUUGCCGCUCCAACAGCAAACCACAAUCGUUACGCAACAAACCAAAGAGAGUGACGAUAAAGGGCAACGGAUAUCGCAAACGUCGGCAUUAGUGCAACAACUGACAACGCCGUCGUCGGCCGCACAGUUACCUGCGUCCCCCGCUCGUUCCCCCCCUGCCGACUCCACGGCCGUCUCCACCACUACAUCUACAGGGCCCAGCACACCCACAGAAACAACCAAACAGAGCCCAACUAAGAUGGACACCUCAAAUUCCGCCGCAACCGAUCCCGUAGCUACUUCGGUCGCGUCCACGGUUCCGAAGAGCAGCACGCCUGUUCCCAGCAGUGCGCAACAAACUACGCCUGGGGCUCCACAGGUAGUGACAACGGUUGCGUGUUCGACUUCGGCGUCAACUAUUACAUCGUCGGUUAACACGUCUGUGUCUCAGACUGCGCCUAUGCUCUUCAAACCCUCGCAAACAUCGUCCCGCCAUAUGAGCCAGCAAGCUGUGCAUGAUAAGGGCUUACCAAAGGCGAUGGUGAAGCCGAAUAUACUAACGCAUGUCAUAGAAGGCUACGUGAUUCAAGAGGCUGGUGAACCAUUUGCUGUUAACAGACCGCUUCGCGAAUGGGGUACAGAUAAAGAUCAAGACAAAGAGAAUAAACUCCCUUCACCAGACGAACCGCCACGCAAGAAGCAAAUGCUGGAUAGUGGUUCGAGUUUACCACGCAUAAGCUCAAGCAACGAGGCGAAUGAGCCGACGAGUCAGCACGCGAACUCGAAGCCGGAACCUCCGUCGAAUACGGAAGCCGCAGAUACUGCCGCGGCUGAAGCGGCCGCACAAGCAAAGAUACCUAACGCCCACAAAUGGACUGUAACCGAAGUAUGCGACUUCAUUCGCAAUAUCCCUGGAUGUGCCGGGUACGCAGACGAUUUCCUCAUGCAAGAGGUGGACGGUGAAGCUCUGCUCCUGAUCAAACCGGAACAUUUAGUUAUGGCGCUUUCUAUGAAACUUGGGCCCGCUUUGAAGAUUGUCGCCUGCAUAGAUACUCUUCGUCCAGAGAGCGAGCCGUCGGCGAUGGACCAGGACUGAGAUUUACUUUGGGGUCAGUCGGACUAAAUACCCCAUUAAAGAUACACAAGUUACACACAAGAUACAAGUUUGACUAUGUUUUAGUAUGGUGUUAACAGUGAACAGUUUUAGUCUUAAGGUAUUUUAAAAUUAUGGUGCACCGACACAGAAAGAAAAACAUUGUUACUACAUAAUUGUGUCAUUUUGUUGCAUAGCAGAUUUUCAAUUUUGAUCUUUGUAAGAUAUUGUUACAAAUUUAAAAGUUGUUGCUUAAUUUUCGGUAACUUUGUUCUACUUCUGUGGGCACCGUAUAAUUUUAUCAGGUCGUUUGUAACACGUAAAUGUCUUGCCCGUUUACUUAUAAAUGUUGCAUAGCUUUUGUUUAGUUACACAAUGCUUUGUCUUCCUCUUUUAAAAGUUAUAUUAACGGUGACAGAAAGAGGGAAUUUGGUGUGUAACUGUCCAUCCGCUGUCCACGUUUUUCGGUGAGACCAUUUAUGUUGAAUUUAGACAAUGAGGCUGACCGCGCAUUGGCUACUUUUCAGUAUUUUGCACUGAGAGUUUCAUCGAUGUGCGGUCAGCCUAAAGCUUUGAUAUUAUUAGAGGUUUUAUAUAAUUGAGAUAGCAAAAAGAAAAAAUUAUAACGGAGGUAGAAUAACGUACUUAAUAAGAUCAGAUCUAAGUAGUAUUUUAAUACAGAUUACGUUACGUACGAUACGUUUUUGUAUGUGUGUAAUGAGCUUCAUUACAUCUAUCCCAUAAAAUUACGUGUGCUGCAGUGAUUACUUAUCCGCGUCGGUCUAAAAUUGUAGGCAACUUUAUUGAGAAGGAAAACUUUUUUACGAUACAUAGUCGUAUAUACGGUCUUCGCCGCAACUUUUGUUGGAAUUUUAUCAGUAUUCCAUCAUAAAAUCUUAUAAUAUCUAUUCUUGCCAAAGGUUUCAUCCAAAAUUAUUAGUACGUCAGAUAGUUUUUAUUUUGCAUUACAGUUUUUAUUGCAAUUUACAGAUCGCCUAAUCUUACUUUUGCCGGGCUUGAGUUGCCUUUCCGAGACGUUCGUGCUUAGUACUACUUUUACAAAGAGAGCCACUGAAUUCCUAAAAACUAUUUGCUCGACCACUUGUGACUCACUUCAGUCCGGAUACUUUAGAUCGCGCGUAUUAAAGUUUUUUGAAAUGAAAUUGGAGCUUGGAGCCCC